UUUAUUAUCACUAAAGGGGCGAAAAACAGAAGAAGACGCAAAGUAGCACUUUUAUACGAGUCUACACUGGAAAAAUGGCUCAUUUGGAGACGCUGAAUUCGUUUUUCUGUGAUCGUUUAAUGGCUGCAGCAGCAGAAAUAUUCCAAGUAGUUAAGGACACUGUUUCUCAGUAUCAGGAAGAAAUAGACCGCUCCACACAGGAGAAUAUUUAUCUGAGGAAAAUGCUAGCGGAAGUUAGCAUCAACAAUGGACCAGUUUCUACAGGUGCACAGACUAGCCGGACAGUUGGAUUUCCUCCAGAUCAGCAGAGCAGUAAUGAAGAGGUGGUGGACUCGGAAACCUCACUAAUACAGGUGAAGCUGGAGCUUAGCACCAUGCAGCAGGAUCUCAGCAUCGAAGAGCAGGAUGUCGAAGCCCAGCAGCCGGCGAGGAAUGCACCUACAUGCCAUGUCCCUUCAGACCCUGCUGAGGACGUGACGGUCAAGCUCGAGGACGGUGACGCAGAGGUGGAUUGCAGUGACGAGUUAACCACUGAAAGUCAGUUCGAACCAAACCCCCAGUCAUUCUCUCAGCAUGACUUCUCGAACCUACCAUUUCACUUGCAAAGCCCGGCUGCGGAAAGACUCUUUCGUUCCAAGGUGCGCCGCAAACCUCUCAGGAGCGAUGGGAAUUCGAAGGGGCGCAAGCUUGCGCGCUGCAAAGAGAAAAAACUCCGCUGCGAUCUGUGCGGGAAGUGGUACAGCACUCCUCACUCACUCAAAAUCCACCUGAGGACGCAUACGGGAGAGAGGCCGUUUCCCUGCAAGUUCUGCGUGAAGACUUUCCACCAGAAAGCGCACUUAAAGGAACACGAGAGGACACACACUGGGGAAAAACCUUACAGCUGUUCAGCUUGUGCGAAACGUUUCAGUCGGGCUCAGCAGGUCAGAGUACACAUACACUAUCAUCAUCAACACCAAGCGGCUACGAUUAUUAAAAACCAACAGUGUACAGUGCGAAAAAAAAGCCAUCAAGCGCCUCAGGGGCCUACUACAGGCCGCUCUGUUCUGCACUACAUUUCGUCACGGGUCUUUUAUUUUGAAAUCCGAUGUGACGAGCGGCUCUGUACACACACACACACAUACACACAUAUAGCAGAAUCUAAAGGUUAUUUCGACAUGGCGUCUACUACUCAAAAGCCUAAAAUUGACUCGCUGAAUGCUUUUAUCCACCAGCGUUUGACGAACAUCGCAGGAGAGAUCUGUCAGCUUUUUCAGGAGACUCUGGCCGCGUACCAGGAGGAAAUAAACCACUCCAAACAGGAAAAUGUUUAUCUCAGGAAAAUGCUGGCUGAAAUCACACUCGACAGAACAGACAGGCUGGAUGCACAGACCAGCCAAGCAGAUGGAUUUCCUCCAGAGAAGCAGAACUCCAGCCAAGCACCAAUGGACCCCGAGACGUCAGUAAUACAAGUGAAACUGGAGCUUAGUACCACGCAGCAGGAUCUUGAACUACCAAAAGAGUCAUGUGCUACUCAUGCUUGCAGCCCUGAACAGUCUCACAGAGCUGAAGAACCACAUCACGAUAUCUCAGAUGAACAGCGAAGUCACACUGAUGGAGUUCCUGUUCCUCUUAAACAGCCAAACUUCACCCAGGAGCCACAAGAUUGCAAUCCCUCACAAAUCCAAGUGAAGCUGGAACCUUUGACGGGACAUGAGAAGGCUGAGUCACAAGAGCAACUGCGUGAUGCUUCUUCAUUCAGUUCCUCCCCUGUAAGGACUGCCAGUAGACAGGGGCAGUCUCACGCUUUCUCUGUUAAAAUGGUGAAUGUUCUGGCAAAAAAGGGUCAUUGUUCAAACACAGCCUCACCCAUAGCAGUCUCAAGCAAACCAGAAACGUGGAACUGUACAGGAUUGUCCUCCGAUAUCUCAUCUACACCUGGGAAAAGUGAAAUUCUGUUAGAGCCUUCUAUAAAAGACGAGCCCGUUUCCCAGCCCUCUUCUCAAUACGAGAAACCGCCGAAUGACUUCUCUCGUCUGAAAUCUCGCUUGCAGAGUCACGUUCCUUACAGGCCGCUCUACUGUGACGUGUGCAGAAAGACUUUUCAGAACGAAUGGCAAUUGAAAAGGCAUUUGCUCAAGCACCAGAACAAGAGACCGAACUGCUGCGAGUUGUGCGGGAAGUGCUACAGUACACCACACGUGCUCAAAAUCCACCUCCGAACUCACACGGGAGAGAGACCGUAUCACUGCAAGUUCUGCGAAAAGACUUUUAGUCAGAUAGGUCACUUGAAGGGGCAUGAAAGGAUUCACACUGGAGAAAAAAUUUACAGCUGCUCAGUAUGUGGGAAAUGUUUCACUUGGUUGAGUCAAGCCAAAGAGCACAUUCGGAGCCAUCCUGGUCAGCCGGCUAGAGUUCAGAGAAAAAUCAACCAGUGAUGGAAAAAAUGCGGAAUACAUAUUGCCGAUGCUUAACUGUGAAUGGAAACAGGAAUGAUUAUGAGAGAGAAAACUGGUUAAAAGUCCUGUAGCUCAAAAGAGAUUAAAGUUAAAAGAUUAUUAAGAAAAUACCUCUGCUCAUGUAUCUCAGCUUCCAAUCAGUCCAUACAGGAUUUCACAGACUUUUUUGUGAUAAUUGCGGCCAAAAAUGCUUGAUUUUGCUGUGUCUUUUUCUUUCUUUUUUUUUUUUUUAAUUUGAGAUGCAGCUUCCCGAGUAUUUUGAGCUUUUUUAAGCGGAAAACUACUUGAAUUGGCGAAAUUCCAAUUGCAUGAAUAGUCUUUCGCAGUGAUGUUUGUUGGUAAAUGAGACCUUUUAGCUGUACUCAUGUUCCACACACACAUGAACCAAAGAGGGCUUUGACUGAAUGUGCGUCGUGAUGUCACACGACACAGCUUGGACCAAAUCUGAGGUAAUUUUAGAAAAAUCUCAAGAUCCUCUGAGUUUUGCGGAGUUUGUUUGAUUUUGCGUUAAUUUACGCGAUCAUGAAAUCCAGGCGAGAAUGUCCGAUGGUUUAUUCGUUAUAAGUAUAACGAAUAAAAGACAGCAGGGCAUGCUGUUAUAUCAAAGUGAUCAACAGAGGGCUGGUGUUGUGGAAGCGGGGUUACUGUUACCAUCCCGAAGCUGAUUAUUUUCCACAUAACAACUCGUCCUGAAGUAUUUUGUUCCUCUUAUACCACACUGAUUGAAAAAUUGUAUAAUUUCUAAUUUGUUAGUCAUAGUGUCAUAAUUUUUACCCGUUCAUAGUUACAUUAAGUGUUGUGUAACAUCUGCAAGACAAAUUCAUUCUUGUUAUCAUGACCUGCAUUAUAGCAGCUAUAAACAACCAUUCUGUCACCAGGUAGUAAGACAAAAAAAAUGUAGAGAAAGCAGAAAGAGUAAACCGCUGAAAGACUUUAUGGUUUAUUGUUGCAUCUGAUUUAACUAUGCUGUUUUGGAAAUAAGGACACAGUGCUUCCCGAAUAUUUUAAUUGAUCAGUCUGCACAGGAUUUGGCAGCUUUUAUCGUGAUUGUUGCAGCCAGAAAUUAUUGAUAUUGCUGCAGCUUUUUUUCAAAGUUUGUGAUGCAACUUGCAAAAAAAGCACAACUUGUGCUUUUUUUUUUUAGGUGGAAAACUACUUGAAUUGGCAAAAAUGCAAUUGCAGAAAAUUGUUUUGCACGUCCUUUCACAGUGGUUUGUUGGUGAAUGGGACCUUUUAGCUGUACUCCUGUUCGGUGCACGUGAUUCGAAGAGGGCUUUGCCUGAAUGUGCGUCGUGAUGACGUUACAUGCCACGUCUUGACCCGAACCUGCAGAAAAUCUGCAAUAAUUUUGAGAAAUUGCAAGCUCCGCCGAAUAUUGCGGAGUUUGUUUGAUUUUGCGUUCAUUUCUGUAAUCGUGAAAUCCUGGAGGGACUGACUGAUGUAUAAUUGACUCAUCAAUGCUAUGUCCUUAAGCCUGUGACCUGGAAAUCAAAUAUAAUGUCCACCAUCUUUAAGGUUGUAUCACUUUGUUAAAAGCACUCAGAGGAAUGGAGAGAGAUGAGGAUUUCUGGGACAGAAUAAAUAAGUGCUUUCGGAUGAGGAGUUUAUUUAUUUAUUUAUUUAUUACACUGUCAUGUAAACCUAUGUUGUAACUUUUCCACUUCUUCCAAAUAAUAGUCUUACCAAUAGGAAGAAGAGGAAGAAUUAACAGUAGGUACAAAAAAAAGUCACGUGAUAAGUAGAAUCUUGUAUUCCCUAAAACUAAAAGUCUCCCUUUAUGCAUGUGGUGUACACAUGCAUAAAUAUUUUGAUUGUUAAUUGAGUGUGUAAUAAGACUCUUAUGUAUGUGCUAUGCUCUGUCAGUUGAGAUGCCUGUGGAAGUCACUGAUGAGUGAGAAAUUGAUGGGUCUCGUUUAGCAACACUAAAAUUGACAACACUAAACUUGUGAUCAUAUGAACAUCUUUAUCAGAAUAUAAUGCCAAACUAUGACUUUUAACAUGCAUAAUACUUUAUUCAUUAAGAUGAUGAUAAUAAAUUUAUUUUCCUUAUUAGUA